AUGACGAUGCACUUUCUGGAGAAAUCACGUUACUUCCUCUGUGCAUCCGCUCCUUCACUUAUCAUGUUGUGUAAUCAUUUGAAGAGGGAAGCCAGUAUUUGUCAUAUGCUCAAGCACCCACACGUCGUUGAGCUUCUGGAAACGUAUAGUUCAGAUGGAAUGCUCUACAUGGUGUUUGAGUACAUGGAUGGUGCAGAUCUCUGUUUCGAGAUUGUGCGCAGAGCGAGUGCAGGAUUUGUCUACAGUGAAGCAGUUGCGAGCCACUACAUCAGGCAGAUCCUGGAGGCGGUGCGGUACUGCCACGAGAACGACAUCAUUCACCGCGACAUCAAGCCGCACUGCAUGCUGCUCGCCAACAAGGACAACUCGGCCCCGGUCAAGGUCGGGGGAUUCGGCAUCGCCUGCCAGCUUCCCGAGUCCGGCGUCAUGAUGGGAGACAUCACGCACCAGUUGUCCUGUCUGGGCAGCACGUACAUUCGAACCGGCCGCAAGCUGAUCUGUGAUGCUCGCAUCGGCACGCCGCAGUUCAUGGCGCCGGAGAUGGUGCAGCGGGAGCCGUACGGAAAGCCGCUCGACAUGUGGGGCUGCGGCGUCCUCCUCUACAUUCUGCUCAGCGGCUCUCUGCCUUUCUUCGGCACCAAGGACAUGAUCUACGAGAUGAUCAGCGAGGGAAGAUACCACAUGAAACCAAAACAGUGGGACCACAUAUCAGAGAGUGCGAAGGACCUGCUACAGCAGAUGUUGACCUUGAACCCUGACCGCAGGAUAACUAUUCAGCAGUCUCUGAAGCACCCCUGGAUAGAGGAUAGAGAAAGGUUCGCCUUAAAGAUGCACUUGAACGAAACGAUAGAGGAAAUGACAAAGUUCAAUGCUAGAAGAAAAUUGAAGGGAGCAGUUCUGGCAGCCGUGUCAAGUAGCAAGUUCAGCAAUUUCUAUAGUGACCAAAUCAUAGAAGGCAUUUCUCCAUAUAGCUGGGACGAAGAAAUUACCUCUGCAG